GCACAUCGUGGAGCCUCUUGGACGCAAGCGCUUCACAGGAGACAAUGAGAGGCUACCUGCUGACUGCAAUCUUUCUGCUGCCCUUGGUGGCCUCAGAGUCCGAGCACUGUAUAAUAAAGCGUGAACAUGAGAAAUGCACGGAGAGGAUCGCGCUGCACAAACCCAGCGAUGACCUUGAGUUAGUGUGCCCAUGGAUGUGGGACAACCUGACCUGCUGGCAGGCGGCCAGUGUUGGUGAAGUCGUGGUGGUCAACUGUCCAGAGCUCCUCCAUGACUACGUGGGUCCCGAGGAUGAAAUUGGAAAAGUCAGUCGUAACUGUACCGAGGACGGCUGGUCAGAACCUUUCCCUCACUACGUGGACAUCUGCUUCUUCUAUGACAACACCACCAAGCCUGACAUGUACUACGCGUCGGUCAAGGCCCUGUACACAGUUGGCUACAGCACAUCGCUGGUGUCUCUGACUACAGCCAUGGUUAUCCUCUGCAGAUUCAGGAAGCUCCACUGCACCAGAAACUUCAUUCACAUGAAUCUGUUUGUGUCCUUCAUCCUGAGAGCCAUCUCCGUCUUCAUCAAGGAUGGUGUGCUGUACGCUCAGGAAGACAGCGACCACUGCUUCGUACACACAGUGGCGUGUAAAGCAGUGAUGGUUUUCUUCCAUUACUGUGUCAUGUCCAACUAUUUCUGGCUGUUCAUUGAAGGUCUGUAUCUCUUCACUCUGCUGGUGGAGACUUUCUUUCCUGAGAGACGAUACUUCUACUGGUACACCAUAGUAGGAUGGGGAACUCCCACCAUUUGUGUGACUGUCUGGGCCGUUCUGAGGCUCCAUUUUCAUGACACUGGAUGCUGGGAUACUAAUGAGAACACUGCCCUCUGGUGGGUGAUAAAAGGACCAGUUGUGGCCUCUAUAAUGAUCAAUUUUGUCCUCUUCAUUGGAAUUAUUAUUAUCCUGGUCCAGAAGCUGCAGUCCCCUGAUAUCGGAGGGAAUGAAUCAAGCAUUUACCUCAGCUGUGCUCAGAAAUGCUUCAGUGAGCCCACACAGGCUGUUCAGCAUUCGUGCAGGAUGUCAGAGUUAUCCACCAUCACGCUGCGUCUGGCGCGCUCCACCCUCUUGCUCAUCCCUCUGUUUGGCAUUCACUACACUGUGUUCGCCUUCUCACCUGAAGAUGUUAGCAAGAGGGAGAGGCUGGUCUUUGAACUGGGACUGGGAUCCUUCCAGGGCUUUGUGGUAGCUGUCCUCUACUGUUUCCUCAAUGGAGAGGUGCAGUCGGAGAUCAAGAGGAAAUGGCGCAGCUGGACGGUGAACCGGUACUUUGCUGUGGACCUGAAGCAGCAGAGGCACCCUUCGUUGGCCAGCAGUGGAGUGAAUGGUGGGACUCAGCUAUCAAUCCUAAGCAAGAGCAGCUCCCAGAUACGCAUGUCCAGCCCGCUGGCGGAGAACGCCAACCUCAGCCUCCCCACCUGAGCAUGUGAUUGGACGGAGUCAACUUCAAGGUGGACCUCUAGAGGAAGAUCUGCUAUGUUUGUGACCGUGUUUUUGUACAUUAAUGUUCAUGUACAAGUUUUGAGAGCGUGUGUGUGUCUGAGUAUGUUUGAAGGUUGGAGAGAUUGUAUUCUCUACGCAUGUGUAUGUAAUGACAAGCAUUCAUGAGGAUAUAAGUAACUUAAA